AUGGAGGGCGAGGAGGACGGGGCGGGGCGAGUCCGGGAGCUGCAGGAGCAGCGGAUGACGGUGCAGAAGAAGACCUUCACCAAGUGGAUGAACAGCGUCUUCACCAAGAACGGGGAGGAGGUGGAGCUGAUUGACGUUUACACGGAUCUGAAGACCGGAAUCCUCCUCAUCCGUCUGCUGGAGCUCAUCUCCAGAGAGACGCUGCCGCCGCCCAGCCGCCGCAAACUGAGAGUCCACUGCCUGGAGAACAACAGCAUCGCCAUCAGCUUCCUCAAGACCAAGAUUCGAGUGGAUCUGAUUGGUCCAGAGAACGUGGUGGACGGGGACCGUACACUGAUCCUGGGUCUGCUGUGGAUCAUCAUCCUCCGGUUCCAGAUCGGACCCAUCAACCUGCAGGAGGCGGGAGGUGGCAGUGUCGCUCACCGCUCGGCGAAGGAGGCGCUGCUGAUCUGGUGUCAGAGGAAAACUUCUGGUUACCACGGCGUCGACAUUCAAGACUUCUCCUCGAGUUGGAGGGACGGCCUGUCCUUCAACGCCCUGAUCCACGCACACCGGCCCGACCUUUUCGACUACUGCCGUCUCCACGGCGACGACCCCCGCCGUAACCUUGAGCACGCCUUCUCGGUGGCGGAGCGCGAGCUGGGCAUCAUGCAGCUGCUGGAGGUGGAGGACAUGGUGGUGCUGCACCCGGACCAGAGGUCCAUCAUGACCUACGUGUCCCUGUACUACCACUACUUCUCCAAGAUGAAGCAGGGCCACACGGUCCAGAAGAGGCUCGCCAAGAUAGUCGGGAUGCUGAUGGAGCUAGACGGCAUGAAGGUCCAGUACGAGACGCUGGUCUCAGAUCUGCUUCACUGGAUCAAGACCAAGGUGCUGCAGCUGGACGACAGGCGGUUCCCCAACUCUGUGAGGGAGACGCAGAAGCUGAUGGCGGCGUUCAAGAGCUACAGGACGGUGGAGAAGCCCCCCAAAUAUCAGGAGCGCGGGGUGAUUGAAGCUCAUCUGUUUAGUCUGAAGACUCAGCUGGCAGCCAACAACCAAUGGGCUUACAAUCCUCCAGAGGGUAAAACCCUGAGUGACAUAGAGAGGAGUUGGGUUCUUCUGGAGCGAGCCGAACACGAGCGUGAGCGCGCCCUGCAGGGGGCGCUGCUGCGUCUGGAGAACCUGGAGCAGCUCGCCCAGAAGUUCGAGAGGAAGGCGGCACUGAGAGACGGAUACCUGGAGGACACGCUGCGUCUCAUCCGGAGACAGGACAUCCGAGGCCUCUCCUCCCUGGAGGAGGCACAGGCGGCCGGCCGGCGGCUGGAGGCGCUCGCCACCGACGCUCUGGCCAGAGGGCCGCGCUUCGCCGCCCUGAGAGACAUGGCCGAGGCCGUGGAGAGGGGGAACUACCACAGCAAGGAGCAGAUCAUCGGCAGAGAGGAGAACAUCAGCCAUCGGUGGAAGGACCUGCUGCAGCAGCUCCAGGAGCAGAGGAGGCUGCUGGGAAACGUAGUUGAAAACCUCAGCGUCCUCCGAAACAUCGAGCUCAUGUCCCAGGAACUGAAAGAACUACAAUCCCAGGCCAGUUCCUGUGAACUGGGGAAGCAGCUGGCGGAGGUGGAGGCUCUCCUUCAGAAGCAGGAUCUCCUUGAAGCUCAGAUCUCAGCUCACGGUGAAGCGAUCACCACCAUCAUCAGCAAGACUCUGAAGGUGAAGGUGAGAGACGGUCCGCAGAUUGAGAGCAGAGUGAAAGCUCUGGACUCUCAGUACAGAUCUUUGGUUUCCUUCAGCAGCAGCAGGAGGAAGCAGCUGGAGGCUCAGUUGAGGCUGUUUGAGUUCUUCUCUGACUGUGACGAGGUGGAGAACUGGCUCUACGAGCACUGGGUGAGGCUGCAGACGGCCGGACUCGGACGAGACCUGAUCCACAUCCAGCUGGCCCAGCACAAACACAAGGCGUUGGAGGCGGAGCUUCAGGCCCAGGAGACUCUGUACCAGGGGGUUCUGGGUCGCGGUCAGGACCUGCUGUCCAAACAGACUCCGCUGAACCAGCGAGUGAUCCAGAAGUGGAUCCGGACCCUGAAGAAGCAGUGGAGCCACCUGAGCGGCGAGGCCACGGGCCGCCGCGACCAGCUGCAGGCCGCCGCCGGCAUCAAGCAGUACUUUGCCGACGUGGCGGAGGCCGACUCGUGGCUGGGCGACCGGAAACCGCUGCUGACCAGCGAGGAUCACGGGAAGGACGAGUCGAGCACGGCGGCGUUGCUGCAGCGCCACCUGCGGCUGGAGAGGGAGAUGACGGCCUACGCCUCGGAGAUGAAGAGACUGAGGGAGCAGGCGAGGAGCGCCGCGCAGCUCACGGCUCUGACUGCGGAGCCUCAGCAGAGUAAGAUGAUCCAAUACAGCGACUCGUCCGGCGACGAGGAGGGGCCUGGAGCGGUGACAUCACCGGCAGCUGGGGUCAGGGGGGGGAGGGGCUCCGGGAGAGCGCCGCCUCAGAGUGACGACAGCAAGGCGAAGGUCCGCUUCAGAUACAGCAAAGGUCCGUUCCCGUGGGAUCGCAACGAGAUCGUUACCAUCGUCGGCAGCGAGCCGGACGGAGACCGAGUGCUGGCCAGAGACGGCCGAGGAAACCAGCAGCUCGUCCCUAAGACCUACCUGAGCCUGCUGCCGGCCGCGGCUCCUCCCACCUCCCCGCCCGUCUCCACCAAUCACGCGCCAGGGAGCCCGAGCGGGAAGCCGAGUCGUCCGAGGCGCCGCCGCUCGAUGCGCUGCGGUACGGCGGAGAUCCAGACGGCGUGGCUGCCGGACCCGCAGUACCAGAGGGACACGGUGGAGGGCACACAGGCCAGGCUAGACCAGGACUACAGCUCCCUGUUCCACCUGGUCACGGUGAAGACGAGGAGUCUGCAGGAGACGCUGCGUCUGCAUCGGUUCUACAACAGCUGCCAGGAGUUUGAGUCGUGGAUGGAGGACAAGGAGAACGUCCUGAACACCUGCAGCACCGACGCAGACCACCUGGGGGAGGUGCAGGCUAAAUACGAGAACUUCCUGACCGAGUUGGCGAGUGGGCGUGGCCAGUUGGAUGACAUCAUCAGGACGGCGGAGGAACUGGUGAAUAGCCGGCACAGCCGACAGAGAGAGAUCCAGGACCGGCGGCGGAGGGUGUCCAACAGGUGGGACCGGAUCCAGCGGCUGAAGGACGAGAAGGGCCACGAGCUGCUGAGCACGGCCGACGUCCAGUCGUUCCUGCAGAGCUGCCAGGAGACCAAAGCUCAGCUGCGGUGUCAGCUGUCCGGCAUCGACACCGUGGACGCCGGCUGCAGCGCCUUCACCCUGCAGGCCGAGGACCGGAACCAGAGCCAGACCUUCAGGGACAUCCAGACCCUGGAGGCCAAGAUCGCCUACCUGAAGAGCGUCGCAAAGAUGAAGCAGGACUGCAGCCCAGCAGAGAGCGCCGCCAUCGGGGACGAGGUUCUGGGUCUGGAGGCUCUGCUGGAUCAGCUGAAGCGCCAGGCUGCGGACAAACAGCGCCUCCUGGAGGAGGCGCGCAGCCUGCAGAGCUUCCAGCGGCAAGCCAAGGAGCUGCGGCGCUGGGCCGGCUCGGUGCAGGAGCGCCUCCUGCAGGAGGAGGCGGCCGCCGACGUGGCGUCGGCCGUCGCCCUACUGGAGCAACACCGGGAGCUCUGGCUGGAGAUGGAGGAGCAGAGGAGCAGGUGGACGGAGAUGGAGGAGCUGGGUAAAUCUCUUCAGCAGGGCUCAUCCAACGACGGGAAGACGGGGGGCGUCGACAUCCAGCAGACCCUCGACACGCUCGAAGCUGAUUGGUCCGAGCUCGACAAGCUGUGGGCCAGCAGGAGGGAGCGCUUGGAGCAGGGGGCGGAGCUCCAGAGGCUGAACCAGGAGGGAGACCGCAUCGAGGCGGCGCUGUCUGGACACGAAGCCCGUCUGAGGGUCAAAGACGUCGGGGACUCGGUAGAUGGUGUCCACAGUCUUCUGGGCCGGCAGGACCAGCUGGAGGGCCUCCUGAAGGCUCUGGACCAGCGCGUGCAUCGCUUCGCCGAACGCAGCCGGGAGCUCGUCGCCCAGCGGCACUACGCGGCCACGCGCAUCGAGGAGAGGAGCAGCGGCCUCCAGGAGGCCAACAAGAAGUUGAAGGCGAGCAGCGGGCAGAGGAGGAGUCUGUUGCUGGCCUCCAAGAAAUACCAGGAGUUCCAGAGAGACUCUGACGAGCUGCUGCUGUGGAUGGAGGAGAAGUUCAAGGUGGCGGAGGACGAGUCGUACCGCGACCCCACCAAUGUCCUCCCCAAGCUGAAGAGGCACGAGGCGGCCGAGAAGGAGAUGCAGGCCAACCAGGUCUGGCUGGACAGGCUGGUUCAGCUGGGGCAGGAGAUGCUGGCCGAAGAGCACUUCAGCAGCCAGAGCAUCAGCAGGAAGUUCACUCAGGUCAGCAGCCGCUGGAGGAGACUUCAGGACAAGAUGGCCGACAGAGGAGACAAGCUGAGACAGGCGGGGCAGCAGGAGCAGCUGAUGGAGCUGCUGCAGGAUUCCAAGGUCAAGAUCGAGGCCAUCCAGUGGAUGCUGAACAACGCCGCCAAAGGUCAUGACCUCCGCUCCAGCCGACAGCUCCUUAAGGAGCAUCGGCAGCUGGAGCAGGAGGCCAAGGAGCUGGCGGAGAAGAUCAACUCCAUCGUCAGCAGGGCCAAACGCCUUGCCUUCAAUCACUUCGACUCCCAGAGGAUCCUCCGGGAGACCGACACCUACCUCACUCUGUUCAAGUCUCUCCAGAAGCCUCUUGAACGGCGUCGAGCUCAGCUGGAGGCGUCGGUGCUGCUGUUUGGGUUUUAUCACGACGUGGACCUGGAGCUCAGCUGGGUCUCUGAGCAUGUUCCUGCCUCUGGAUCCACGGGAUACGACAAAUCUCUGUCUGGAGCCAUCAGCCUCAUGCAGAAACACAAGGAGCUGCAGGCAGAAGUGAACGCCCACCAAAAACACCUGAACCACGUCCUGGAGAAGGGGCAGGGCCUGGCCAAAUCCAGCAAAUCGGACGAAGAGGAAGUGCUGCAGAGGUGCAAACACCUGAGUGCAGAGUGGGAGGAGCUAGAGGAGGCCUGCAACAGGAGAGCAGCUCACCUGAGCAAAGCCAUCACCAGAGAACAGCUGCUGUUGGACUGCUCUGAGCUGGAGUCCAGGCUGACCGAGACCCUCACUCUGGUGAACAGCGACGACUACGGCAAAGACCAGCUGGCCACGCUGAGUCUCCUCACCAAACACCAGGUGUUGGAGGGCCAGCUGGAGGUGCUGGAGGUGGAGGUGGAGGAGUUGGGAGACCAGGUGGAGCAGGCGGUUCACAACUGGAGCCUGGAGGAGCUCAGCAGGCCUCGUAGUCGCCUCAGCAGCCUGAACCAGCAGCUGCAGCACCAGGCUGCUCUCAGGGGUCAGAGGUUGAAGGAAGUCCUUCAUCUCCACGAGUUCAGAAGAGAGUCCUCAGAGUUCGAGGACUGGAUGGACCAGCAGAGACAGACAGCAGAGUCUCAGGACCUGGGCAACGACUACCAGCACGUCCAGGUGCUCCGUGGGAAGUUUGAAGGUUUCCUGACGCAGCUGGAAGCCGGAGAGGAGCGACUGCAGAGCUGCAGCGGUCUGGCUGCUCCACUGAUCCGCAACAAGCAUUCACAGAGCUCUGCAGUCAGAGAGAUGCUGCAGCAGCUCAGUGCAUGCUGGGAGUAUCUGAGGGGCGUGGCCAGAGAGCGUCAGGAUCAGCUGCAGAGGGCCGAGGAGUGUCACCGCUUUUACCAAGACCUGACCGACGCUCUGACCCUCAUCCAGGAGCGACAGAAGAGCAUCCCCGAUGACGUGGCGAAGGAUUUGAGAGGCGUGAUGUCACAGCUUAGGAAGCACGAAGCUCUGCUCCACCAGCUGGCGACCACAGAGCAACAGUUGCAGGAGCAGCUGGACACCGUCGACACCAUCCUGGACCUGUGCACGCCUCAGUUGAAGCUCCGCCUCCAGGAAGUGCAGCAGGAAGUGGUGGAGCGGUGGGAGGAGCUCCGGCUGCACGCAAAGCAGAGGGAGGAGGAGCUAAAACUGGCGUGCCAGAGAUACAUGUUCCUGAACACGGCGCAGGACUACUUUCUGUGGUGCGGCCAGCUGAUCGGUGCGAUGGCCGCCGAGGAGAGCAUCAGCGACGUGGCGACCGCCGACCUGCAGCUGGCGCAGCACCAGCAGCUGUGGGCCGAGAUGGAGGCCCGACAGGAGACCUACCAGCAGGCCCUGGACAUGGGGGAGCAGCUGCAGGUGCAGGACGCCAACAGGAAGGAGGUGACGGAGAAGCUGGAGGCUCUGCAGGAGGAGCGCGGCAGGCUGGAGGAGCAGUGGAACCACAAGCACAGCUGGCUGCAGAGCGUCCACCUGGAGCAGGUGUUCUACCGAGACGCCGACAGCCUGGACAAAACCUGCAGCUCCCAGGAGGUCCUGCUGCAGAACGGCACUCUGGGAAACGCAGUCCACGACACCGAGGGUCUGAUGAAACGCCACGAAGCGUUUGAGAAGCUGCUCGGCUCGCAGGAGGACAAGCUCUCCUCUCUCAAGGAGCUGGCCGAGCGGCUGAAGGAGCAGCUGAGUGGGGAGAAGAGUGGGCGUGUCCAGGCCAGACUCAAAGCCCUCCUGCAGCGCCGUGACAGGAUCAAGGAGCUGUCCGUCAAACGCAGGGAGCAGCUGGAGCUCUCCAGGAUGCUGAGCGUCUUCAACCGAGACGUGGACGAGGCGGAGGAGUGGGUGUGUGAGCGGAGGCAGAAGAUGGCGGAGGUUGGGCCAGCCGCCCUCAGCGACCUGCAGGUCAAGAUGAAGCUGCUGCAGAAGCACCAGGCCUUCGAGGCCGAGAUCCUGGCUCACGGGCAGAUCAUCGGCUCGGUGCUGCGGGCCGGGGACGAGCUGCUCGCCCUCCGGCACCGCGGCUCCAAGGAGGUGAAGAGGAGCGCUGCCGCCCUGCAGCUGCACUGGGAGGAGCUGAAGGAGGCGCUGGCCACCCGGGGGGCGGCUCUGGAGGACAACAGGGACUUCCUGGAGUUCCUCCAGAAGGUCCAGGAGGUGGAGGCCUGGAUCCGACACAAGGAGGUGAUGGUGAAUGUCGGAGACGUUGGCAAAGAUUAUGAACACGGAGUUCAGCUGCUCAAGAAACUCGGAGCGUUCAGAGGAACCGGAGCCGGGGACGUGACGGUUGACGACGCCCACAUCACCGCCAUCAACCGGCUGGCGUCCCGACUGGAGAAGAGGCAGAGUGCCGAAGAACUGGCCACGGUCCACCGGAGGAGACAGCAGCUCAACGACAGGUGGAGCAAGUUUCACGGUGAUCUGAACAACUACAAGAGGAAGCUAGAGGCGGCGCUGGUGGUGCACGGCCUCAUCAGAGAGCUGGAGGAGGUCAGAGACCGAGCCCACGGGAAGAUGCUGCUGCUUCAGGGUCAGGACUGCGGCUUUGACGUGGAUAGUGUGGAAAACCUCAUCAGACGGCACGAGGAAACCGAGCGGGAGGCCGGCGUCAUCCAGGAGAGGUCAAAGGCCCUGGAGGAGGAGGUGUCGGAGCACCUGAAGGCCCCAUCCGUGAUGAGCGACAAGCUGAAGAACAAACAGAAGGAGGUGCAGAGAGCUCUGCAGACUCUGGGAAAGGAGGUGAAGCUCAGGAAGGAGAAACUGCAGGAGGCGCUCCAGCUGCAGCUGUUCAAAGCCAACCAGCGCCUCCUGCUGGACUGGAGCCUCCAGCAGAGCGGAGCCAUGGCGGAGAAGGGACUCCCCAAGACCAGGACCGAAGCAGACCGGCUCAUCAGGGAGCACCAGGACUGGAAGACGGAGAUCGACGCCCGCGCCGAGCGCAUCGCCUCCGUGCGGGACUUCGGUCUGGGUCUGAUCCGGUCCGAUCUGGUCCGGUCCGGUCCUGGGUCCAAGGCGGAGAUCCAGAAGGCCCUGAACCAGCUGGAGGAUGCCAAGUCCGAACUGGACCGGGCCUGGCAGCACCGCAUCACCAGGCUGGAGCAGGCCCGGACCCUGCAGGUCUUCCUGGUCUCCGUAGACCAGUGUGAGACCUGGUUCACCAACAAGGAGGCUUUCCUCUCCAACCAGGACCUGGGGAGCUCGGUGACGGAGGUGGAGGCCCUCCAGAGGAAGCAGGUCCAGUUUGAGGAGGCUCUGGAGGCCCAGGUGGCCCAGGUGGCCCAGGUGGAGGAUCUGGCCCUAAAGAUGAAGCAGCAGAACCAUUACGACUGCGACAGCAUCGGAGUGAAGAGCAGGGGGCUGGCCGCCAGGAGGACUCGUCUGCAGCAACAGAGUAAAUCUCGUCACAAAGCUCUGGAUGGAUCCCUGAAGCUGCAGCAGUUCUUGUCCAGCAGCUACCAGGUGUGUGUGUGGCUGUCUGAGCGCAGUGCGGUGGCUCUGGAUGAGAGCUGGAGGGAGGCGACCAACCUUCAGGCCAAACUGAUGAAGCAUCAGAGCUUCGAAGUCGAGCUGCUCGCCAACCGCUACCGACUGGAGGUGCUCACACAGGAAGCGGAGCCGCUGCUCUCUGAAGUGAAGGUUAGACUUCGUGUCACGGAGUUGACGGACAGCUGGGAGGCUCUGAUCCACAACUGUAAGGAGAAGAAGACCAGACUGCAGCAGGCCUACCAGGCGCUCCAGUUCCAGCGUUCCCUUGACGACAUGGAGCAGUGCGUCGGCUCCGUGGAGACAGAGCUGACCAAUCAGGACUGUGGCAGCGACCUGCCGGCCGCCAACCGGCUGCUGAAGGCCCUGCAGGGCCUGGAGGAGGAGGUGGACGGGCACCGGGACCGGAUACAGGGUCUGGUGGAAACGGCAAAGAGCUUCAGCUCUCAGGGGAACUUCCUGGCUGAGGAGAUCCAGAUCAGAGUGUCUCACACGAUCAACAGGUACAACGGUCUGGCGGAGCCCCUGCAGAGUCGGAGGGAAACCCUGGAGGCCUGGCAGGUCCUGUUCCAGUUCUCCAGGGACCUGGAGGAGGAGUUGGCCUGGCUGAGCGACCGGCUGCCCGUCAUGGCCGCCGGGGACUGCGGCUCCUCGCCGAGCGCCACCCAGCAGCUGCUGCACCGCCACCAGGCUGUGACGCAGGAGAUCUCAAGCCGCGCCCCAUUGGUCCAGGCCGUCCAGGAGGCGGGGCAUAGCCUGGUCAGAGGUCGUCACUUUGCGUCUCACGACAUCCGGGAGCGUCUGGAGGAGCUGAAGAGCCUCCACGAGGAGGUGCUGAUGGAGGCGCAGAGGAAGGGGAAGCUCCUGCAGGAGGCGCUCGGCAUCCACAGCUUCCUCUCCGAGGUGUCUGAGCUGCAGCUGUGGUCUGAGGAGCAGCGGGCCGUUCUGCAGCCUCAGGACUGCGGGCGCAGUGAGGAGGUGACGGAGGCUCUGCUGAGGAGGCUGGAGGCUGUGGACGUGGAGCUGGAGAACCAGAGGAGGAGCGUGGAGAGACUGCAGGAGAGAGGGGCGGAGCUUCAGCACCUGGGACACCCACACAGCCACCUGGUCAGCGAGUCUCUCCCAGGUGUCCCUGAACGCCUCGAGACUCUCCUCCGGCUCUCCGCCGCCCGCCGCGCCGCCCUGGAAGACCGGCGCCGCCUCUACGUGUUCGAGAGGGAGGCCAAAGAACUACAAACAUGGCUGACCUCCAAGAAGACGCUGGCGGAGUCCAAGGACUGCGGACAAGACCUGGAGGACGUCGAGGUCCUCCAGAAGAAGCUGGAGGUUCUGGUGUCGGAGGUGUCGGGUCUGGGUCGCAGCCGGCUGACCUCGGUGCAGCAGCUGGUUGGAGGCCUGCAGCAGGACCGCGAGGCCCGGCGGAGGGACGAGGCCCUGGGCGGCCUGUGGGAGGAGCUCCACGGCAGCAUCAGGACCAGGGAACAGAACCUGAAGGCGGCAAGGGAGGUGCAUCAGUUUCAUCACGACGUGGACGAACUGAAAAGCUGGAUGGCCGAGAAGGAGGCGGUGCUGGACUCUGAGGACCCGGAUCAGGACCAGGACCUGCACUCCAUCCAGAUCCUGUUGAGGCAACACGAGGCGCUGGAGAGGGAUCUGGUCCUGAUCUCAGAGGAGACCACCAGGAGCCGGGAGGAGGGCCGGGCUCUGGGCCGGCGGCAGCCCCAGGUGAGAGCGGCGGUCACCCGGAGGCUGGAGGAGCUGGAGGGGUUCUGGACCGGCAUCCAGGACAAGGCCUCCCAACGCCGGGCCCGGCUGGACCAGGUCCAGGACGUGCAGAAGUACUGGUCCCACUGGACCGAGCUCAUGGCCUGGCUGAGGGAGACGCUGUCUCUGGUUAAUGGGGAGGCGCUCAGCGUGGAGGGAGGCGACCCGGAGCAGCUCCUCAAGAAACACGAGGAGCACCGCGUCCAGAUGGACCGCCAGCUCGCCAAAUCACAGGCCGCCAAAGAGGAAGGGAGGCGGCUGGUGGAGCGGGUAACCUUCAUGUCCCCGGAGGUGGAGGAGCGCGUGCGGGAGCUGGAGGAGCUGGAGGUGCUGGUGGAGAAGGUCUGGGAGGAGACCAGGCAGCGGUACGAGGAGGAGCUGGAGAUCUCCCUCCUGCAGAAGGAGCUGGAGCAGGCGGAGCGAUGGCUGAGCUCCUACGAGAACUCGCUGACGGCUGAGGACUUCGGGGACUCCGUGUCGGAUGUGAUGGAGCUCCUGAAGAGGCAGGAGGACCUGGAGGCCAUGAUCCAGGCCCAGAGCGACCGCUUCGUGGCACUAAAGAAGAAGAAGACGCAGAGGGAGAAGAGACUCGACGGAUGCUCCGACCUUCAGGACAGAAAACCUCCGGCCAGAGUUUCGUCUAUGAGGAGCAAACCGGCGAAUCCAAAGAUGGCCGCCUCCUCCACCUCCUCUCGAGACGUCAUCCGUCGGGUCAGCAGCAGAUCCUCCACGCUAGACGGAAAAAGCCGCCUCACGACUUCCACCAGCCCGAUCUUCCACCUCCUCCCAAGGAGACACUUCAGUACCGGCGGGGACAGACGGGAGAAGGAGGAAGACGCCGCUCCUCCUGCUAGCCCCUCCUCUCCCCUUAGAGCAUCACCUGACUUUUCCUCCUCUCCCAAGCGUCCUCCGUCACCUCCUCCUGUCUCCUUCCCUCAAACCUUCGUCUCGCCUUCCUCCCGAGAAAUACCGUCGAACCCGAUCCAGACCUCCUCUAGCUCCAAAGCCCGGCACCUCCUCCUCCUCCCCCGCGCCGCCUGACUCGCCUCGG